GCGCAAGCGCUACAUCCUCGAUUGCAACAAGGGGGGUGCGGCUGUAACCAUGGAUCCCAGUGUACUCGCUACCAUGGACAAGGACACAUUGAAGAAACAGAUCGAGAACAUGAAAUAUCAAGCGGCCAUGGAACGGUGGUCGUUGUCCAAAAGUAUUACGGCGAUGAGGGAAUACGUCGAAGAAAAUGAAAAGAACGACCCGUUGAUACACGCGCCUGACAAAAAGAACAAUCCGUGGGCCGAGAAAGGCAAGUGCAUAAUCAUGUAAGAAAAAAAUAAAAAAAAAAGGAACGAACGAAAGGUGGAUUACGAAGUGGGAGAAAAGAAAAGGCACGGAAGUUAUGAAGAAAAAUAAUCAGAGAUAAACGAUUACGUGGAAAAUGAUUUUAAAGACGAAGAAGAAGAAGAAGAAGAAGAUGAAUUACAACAAAAAAAUAAUCUUAAUGUGUUCUACAACCGAAGAUAAUGCAUGCCAUAAAGAUGCUAAAAAAAAUCGUAUUCUAAAAAAAAAGAAAAUUGAAUUGAAAUGAGAAACAAAAUAAUAAAAAUAUGAAUAAACAAAUAAAAAUGGCCAUUCAACCAAAGUCUUCGUCACGUGGAAGGGAACACCCCCAUCGAUCGUGAUCUAUGGAUCAAAUAUAAUAUAUAUGACAGAAUAUGUUUGUAUGCGUGUAAGUAUGUAUGAAUAUGUUUGUAUGUAUGAAAGAAAUUUGUUUAAAUGAUCGUACAUAUAUAUAUAUGCUUUUGUUUGUACAUCAAAUGUUUCACUUGUCAUGGGAAAACAAAUGAAGUAUUAUUAGAUGAUCCAAAUAAACAAACAAACAUGAUUAAAAAUGAAUGUGAUCGUUUAUUCGAAAGCUUUGAGAGUACGACAGUAAUUCAAUUUUCAUACUAAUCGAAACUUGUUUCAAAAAUCUUGUCACAUUUUGAAAAACAUUAACUUUGAAUACAACCAUUGAAAUCUGUAAUAAUAUUACUUUCACCUUUUGUUCUCACUUACGUAAGCUACACGUACUUUAAACAAUCAUUUUCAACUCGUAUUUAUAUAUAUAAAUGUAUGUAUGUGUUUUGUGUGUUGUAUCGUAAAAAAUCGAAAUUAAAUAUUGUUUAAGAUUUACUUGGUAUAUGUGUUAGAAAUAUUAAUAUACAAAUAAUCCAAAUGUUUGUUUAUUCAACAAAUUCAAUCAUGCGAAUCUUGACAUUAUACAAUUUCGAUAUUUCACGUUAACUUAUGCAUGUAUGUAUGUAUGUAUGUAUGUAUGUAUUUAUGUGUGAAUUAUUUAUAAAACAUUUAAUUAAUUAAGAAAACUUUCUAUAUGUUCUAUAUAAUACAUUUUUUCGUAUUAACACGAUUUAUUAUUACAAAAGCUUUUGUAUAUCGUAAAAAGGUUUUUCAAACGUAAGAAGAAAACAGAAGUACACAUGUAAAUGCAUUUUAAAAUGCAAAUGAAACAAAUCAUUGCGAAAAUUCAAGGGGGAGGUUAAAACAAAAAAUGUAGAAACACAUUCUUCCCCCAUACAUUUUUAUAAAAUAAAUGAAAUCAAAUGUUAAGAGAAAUGGGAGACGAAAUUCAAAUCAUUUAUCAUAAUUGAAACAAAAAAAUUGUGUGUGGAUCAUUGAUUGAAAGAGAAAACUAAAAAAUAAAAGAAAUUCAAGAAAAAGUGUUCUUAAACUUUAGUUUAAGAUCAAUUUAUUACGAAUUAAAUAAUUCUUACGAUAAUACAAAAAAAAAAGA